GCUCCUCCCUUCCUGAAAUCCUAUAUUAACUGUGGCCAAAGCCGUAAGAAACACAGCUCAUUGUUGGCAAAUGCCGAUGAGCCUCGCGGAGGACUGAGGGGAAGGGACGGGGGGGUGGGGGGAGAGGGGAAGAAAAUAAAUAAAUAAAUAAAAGCGAAAGAGCUUGGAGGUUUGCAGCAGCAGGACCCGCAAGCAAUCCUAUCCUGGAAGGACGAGACGGGGAAAAUACCCUCUCCAUGCAGCUGGGCGGAUUUUAAGUGAGCGAUUUCCCCCAACAGCUUUCGGAGCAGAAAGAGGAAAGACAGAAGGGUGGGAAAUGGCAGACCACAUGAUGGCCCUGAACCACGGGCGCUUCCCGGACGGCAGCAACGGGCUCCAUCACCACCCGGCCCAUCGGCUGGGGAUGGGGCAGUUCCCCAGCCCCCAUCACCACCACCAGGCCCCCCAGCAACAGCAGCAGCAGCAACAGCAGCAGCAGCAACAGCAGCACGCCUUCAGCGCCCUGAUGGGCGAGCAUAUACACUAUGGAGCUGGGAAUAUGAACGCCCCGGGUGGCAUCAGACAUGCCAUGGGGCCGGUGAGUGGAGGGCACCCCGCCGGCCCCCUGCCCCCCACGGCCAGGUUUGCCAACUCCCAAUUCCUGGCCCCCCCCGUGUCCAGCCAGGGAGGCUCCUUACCGGCCAGCCUGCAGCUGCAGAAGCUCAACAACCAGUAUUUCAACCACCACCCUUACCCGCACAACCACUACCUGCCGGAUUUGCACCCGGCCGGCCACCCGAUGAACGGGACCAGCCCGCAUUUCAGAGAUUGCCAUCCCAAGCACGGGGCCGGUCCUGGCACCUCGGGGGGCACCGGGCCCCCGGCCGGGCCCCACGGCCCCGCCGCCCUGCUCCCUCCCAAUGUCAUAGACACCGACUUCAUAGACGAGGAGGUCCUCAUGUCCUUGGUCGUCGAAAUGGGUUUGGACCGCAUCAAGGAGCUGCCGGAGCUCUGGCUGGGACAGAACGAGUUUGAUUUCAUGACGGACUUCGUGUGCAAACAGCAGCCCAGCAGAGUGAGCUGCUGACUCUAACCACCACCCCAACAAAAGAAAGAAAAACGGGGAGGAAAAAAAAAAAAGGAGAAAAAAAAUAAAAGAAAAAGAAAAGAGGGAAAAAAAAAAAACCAAACACACCACCACGACGAAAGAAGAGCAUCCCGACUUCGGCGGGUGCGAAUCCAACCGACAGAAACAUUCCCCUUAGACACAGCAUCUCCCUUUUCGGGUUUUGAAAGGUGUGAGAACUUGGAAAAACAGAGUAAACUUGUACAAAUUGGUUGAAAAAGAAAAAAAAAUCGCUGCCACUCCACCCCCCCCCCCCAAUUUUUUUUGUUGUUUUCCUGUUGCGUUCUGUUUUUUGUAGCCUUGACAUUCACCUCCCUUAUGUAGUAGUGAUAUUUAGCGAACUCGGUCUUUUGUUGUUGUGUUUUUUUUUUUGUUUGGUUUGUUUAAACUCCUUAUUUCCUCACUUGAUUUCUACAGUGCUCAACUGUUAGAUAUUAAUCUUGGCAAACUGCUUAAUCUUGUGGAUUUUGUAGAUGGUUUCAAAUGACUGAACUGCAUUCAAAUUAUGAGUGAAAGGAAAAAUUGCAUUAGUUGGUUGCAUGAACUUUGAAGGGCAGAUAUUACUGCACAAACGCUGUCAUCUCGCUUCAUUUUUAACUAUGCAUUGGAGUACAGACUAAUUUUUAAAAUAUGCUAAACUGGAAGCUUAAACAGAUGUGGGCCAAACCAUUCUGGAUCAGGAAAAGUAAUACUGUUACUUUAAAGUCUGCUACCCCUCCCCCCCUCCCCCAUAUGUACAGACAAUAAUAUGGUGUGGAAUGUAGUCAGUGGCAAACAUUUCACAGAUUUUUAUUUUGUUUCUUGUCUUCAACAUUUUUGACACUGUGCUAAUAGUUUAUUCAGUACAUGAAAAGAUACUACUGUGUUGAAAGCUUUUUAGGAAAUUUUGACAGUAUUUUUGUACAAAACAUUUUUUUGAAAAAAUACUUGUUAAUUUAUUCUAUUUUAAUUUGCCAAUGUCAAUAAAAAGUUAAGAAAUA